GAUCGCAGGAAAACAAACCAGUCGACGAGCGGACACCAUGACGGAGCCAGUGGCCGCCUCCUCCAGCACGCCAGCUGUAGCAGAAAAACGGCCCGAGGAGGCGAAGGAGGACGACGUGGCCUCCAAGAAGCCUCGCCUGGAGACAUGUGAUCGCGAUGACAAUGAAAAUAAACUGGAGGCUCGCCUGGGGGGCAUUUUAUGUUGCGCUGUCUGUCUCGACCUGCCCCGGUCAGCCGUGUACCAGUGUUCAAAUGGACAUCUCAUGUGUGCUGGCUGCUUCACUCAUCUCCUUGCUGAUGCUCGAAUUCGGGAUGAAACAGCCACUUGCCCCAACUGUCGUGUGGAAAUAUCGCGUUCUCUCGCCACCAGGAAUUUGGCUGUAGAGAAAGCUGUCUCGGAGCUGCCUGCGGAGUGCCAGUUUUGUGGCCAGAAGUACCCACGCAACUCUCUUGACCGGCACGAGGCAGAGCUUUGUGAGGAAAGACCUGUUCACUGUCAGUACAACCUGCUUGGCUGUGGCUGGCGUGGCCCAUACCAUGAGGUGAACAGCCACCAGCAGCAGUGUCAGCACCCCAACCACAGUGGAGCCCAGGUGUUUUCACAUCUGCAGAGGCAAGCAGAGAAUGUGGAAGAGGCCUCAAAGAUUUUCACUCAAAUAAUGUCUGUUCUCUCAUUUGAGAAGAUCACUUUCAAUGACCUGCAGCUGAAGCCGUACCGCACGGACGAGUUUAUUCACAAACUGUUCUACGAAACGAGCCGGUUCUCUGCCUUGAGCUACCAGUGGGUGAUCAAGGCACGCCUCAAUGACAACCAGAAGGACCCCCAUCUCACCUGCAAUCGCUUCAUCACCUAUCAGCUGAUUGUGAAGAGCAAGCCAAGCAGCCCCAUGGUGGUGCACUUCAUGAUCCUGCGUGGCCCCUUCGGGGACAUGCGUGUUGACCCUCACAUCUGCCAGUUUGAGUUCACUGAGAGCAACACUGAAAGUCCCUUCUUUGCUCUCCCGCUGCCUGAUAGCGCUGAGUGCAACAAGCUUUUGGCUGCUCGCAUCAUUGACUUCAGAUUGAUGAUGGGAAUGGUGACCAAAUAACUUUUAGAAACACCAAAUUCCCACUUGUAAAUUCGUGUUUUUGGGUGCCACUAUGGAGAUGACGUUAGCACACUUGCAGCAGGUAUGAUUAAGAUGUGCUUGUGUUAGUUUCCAUUGCAUUUAGUUGUGUUCUGGGAUGACAUGAAGCUCUGUCAGUUAGUCACAUUUGCAAAGGCUUAUGCACUCCACUUUUCCCAGACAAGACGUCAUGUGUACAUACUUAAUAGUACAUGUGUGUAGUCUGUAAUGUAGAAAACUGGCAUUAAGGGCUUUCAUCAGUGUACCUCAUCACAGUUAUUUAUUAAACCUAUAGUAAGGACAUGUCUUCAUUAAAUAAAAUCAUUACCACUGUUCUCUAGCCUGGAAUAUUUGCUGGUUUGCUUCCAGUCUUUAUUUAUUUUAAUAUACACUAAACACAGAAUUAAUAUUGACAUCAAAGUCAACAAACGAGGCAGCUAAGUGAUGAGGUGACAUAGUGGAUCUAGUAUCAAGGGGAAGACUGGCAGUUCAUAAAGGUGUUAAUGCUGCAGGAGUCUCAGCGUAGACGUAUAGUAAUUACUGCAUCACAAUAAUUCCAUCAAAGACAGUAGAAAAGCUCAAAUACGUUGUUGUUCUUUGCUUGAGAAGAUUUGUGAGAUUCAGGAAUCUUUACAUGAAGUUCAGCUCAGAAUUGUGAAGUUGCUUACCAAAAACUUCUCCCACACUAUUUCUUUGGCAUCAGCUUUGAUGAGUAUAAUUAUUAAUAGGCAGUUUAAAUUUUUCUGCUUAUGUAUUCUUGUUUAUAAUUUGGUUCCUGGAUAAAUUAGAUCAUUGACUUAGCAAAAGGAUUCCCACAGGUUCUUGUGCCUGUUUGAUACCCUUUAACUUUUGAAAACAAUACACUGUUUUUCAUUCAAAAUAUGUUUAUCCUCUGAAGUAUAGUCAUGAGAUUUAUACCACAUAUUCAUUCAAGCUUUUCUCAAGAUGAACCUCACUGAUUGAGUUGCAUUGAUCUGAUGUAUCUUUUAUGUAAAUUAAACAGGGUACCUAGACUGUAUAUGAUGGUAUGCAGGAGGCUUUGCUCAGUGCCAGAAUGUUAAGAAAUUAUGAAGAAUCUGCUUAGUUUAUUGUAUGUAGGCUACCAGUAAGGUUUCUCUAUGCAAAUUCUCCCUUAUCAGAAAUGAGUAGCAGACAAUUUUAAUUAGCUUUAAAUAAUGUGGUUAAAGGAGUAACGUAAGAAAGAGAUGUGUAUUUUCUUGCAGUACAUGUCAUCAGCCUUUCUAAAGUAAUUUAAUUCAUCUUCAUUGAUGAAGAGAUAUCCUUCAGCUUAUGAGAUUGCUUUCAGAAUAGUAAAAAAGAAAGAUACUUGCCCAGUUUUCAUGCUUUGGAAUUGAAGUUGGGGUGGUGAAAUGUGACCCCGUUAGUCAGUUUCAGAGUUGUCUCAGUCUGAUAGGAAGCAUUUCUUGGGAACGUGCAUGUUCAUAAGAUGACCUAAUGUUAUUGACAGUAUCAAACAAUAAAAAUACUAUUAUAUUAUUAACAAUGAGAUUAAGUGAUACAAGAUUAAUGUGACUGCAGAUGUUUGUAAAGUAUUUAUGGUUUCAUAUUUAUAUAAGGAAAAUUAUUUAUAUUUAUACAGAUAAAAUUUAAUGUUCAACAGAGGCAUACGAUAAAUUACCAAUGAAGGUUUUUUGACAUGCCUUUUGGCCCAGCUGUGAUUUUUGGUCAAAUUAUCAGGUCACUGGCAGACUUAUCCUAUCUGUCUGUUGGCCCAGUGUGUUGUAAAGAUCCCCAAGGACACACAAAAUUAUGUACCAAAUAUUUGUUAAAGUUUAUGUUCUUGGACAUUUAUAGUGUAUAUAAAGGUAAUAUUUCUGUGUCUUAAGUAUAAGACUAUUCAGUAUCUUUAAUGCCCAUAUAUAUUUAUCCCUCACCUGAAUGCAUACAGCAACACGUUUCUUUGUGCUGCCCGCUGGGAAGGCGCUUAGCGGUAUGCCAAAAUGUUCACUUCUCAUCCUUAAGUUAUUGAACAGUUUUCUUCACAUGCAAAUGUAGCUGUUUUUUCUGCUAUGUGGACAGCCCCAAGAGACCCCAUGAAUUGGUGCCCUGUGAAACGAGCAUUUUGUUUUAUGCUCUCCAUCUUUCACUCCUUUGAAAUAGUCUAGUUUACACAUUGUUACUUCAUACCUAUUUAAACAGUAACUUCAUUGUUGAAUUUGCAAGUGUGGAAGGAAAAAUUUCAAGUCUUUGGCUAAAUAUUACAAAACUAUAAUAAUCCAGCGAUUCUUUUCAUAGAUCUCUGGGAGAUAGACAAAGUAAUUUAUUUCACAAUGAGACCGUGGCUGUAAUGGUACUGUGAACAAUGGGAGAGCAUAUUUUAAAGAUAUUUGAGGCAAAUUUUCAGACAAGAGGAUGUGUGUGUAUGUCUGGGCUUUGGGGCUGCACAUGCCAGGCCAGGAAAAUAGUUUGGUGCAGAAGAGUUUUCCCUUAAAUGUGUUCAUAUUCUUGGUAUCAUGCAUAUUCAUUUUAUUUACUGAUUUGGUAGUUAAUAACUAUGCUUUUUAGCAUAUUCAGGCUUUAAUGACAAAAAAUGUCAGUUUGUAAAUAAUUUAUAUUUGUUUGCUUUUUUGUAUGUAAUGAACAAAUCACAUUCUUCUUGAGGAAACAUUUGAUAACCUUGGACAUUCAAAUUUGUUCCAAAUUUACUGUAUUUUGACCAUUAUUCAGUUGCUAAAUAAAACAUAAUGAUUUA